AUGGUGGACCUCGUAGGAAUCAAUGACCACACUGCCAUGUUUAACGUCGUACAGUGUGUCGUAACGGCCUUGAGGAGUAUAGGCAAUAUUCUGCUCGUUGCGGUGCUCCUGGAGUUCAUAUUUGCUGUCAUUGGUGUGCAACUCUUCAAGGGCAAGUACGUCGGCUGCAAUGAUCCCACCAAGCUCACUGAAAAAGAGUGCCGGGGCAGUUUCAUUGAAUACGAGUAUGGCGUUCCUGCCGCCGUGAUUCCACGCGUGUGGGAGCAUUCGCCGCUCAACUUUGACAACGUCCCCAACGCGAUGUUGACCUUGUUUGUGGUCCUUACGUUCGAGGGUUGGCCUGGCAUUCUCUACGCUGGAAUUGACUCUAACCUGGAGGAUCACGGACCGCUGCAGGAUCAUCGAAAGAUAAUUGCGCUGUACUUCAUCGCUUACCUGAUCGUGCUGGCCUUCUUCAUGGUUAACAUCUUCGUCGGUUUUGUCAUUGUCACCUUCCAGCGUGAGGGGGAGAGGGAGUACAAAAACUGUGAGCUCAACAAGAAUCAGCGCAAAUGCAUCGAGUACGCACUGAAAGCUCGACCAAAGCGGCGUUAUAUUCCCAAAGGACACCUGCAGUAUAAGAUCUGGUCCGUUGUCGUUUCGCGAAAGUUUGAAGUCCUGAUCUUCACCUUCAUCUUCAUGAAUACUGUCACAUUGGCCUGCAAAGUAAGUUUCCGUUUUUGGGGAGCCAAUGAUCUUAGUGAUAGCACAACAGUUUUUUUAGAUUGUAACGUUUGA